AGUCGAGCAGGAGAGGAGGAAUCAUGGCGGCACCGCUCGGACGGGACACCCUACCUGACCACUGGUCUUACGGAGUUUGUAGGGAUGGCCGCGUGUUUUUCAUCAACGACAAAACUCGCGGCACCACUUGGCUUCACCCACGCACAGGCGAGCCUGUUAAUUCCGGACACAUGAUACGUUCAGACUUGCCAAGAGGAUGGGAAGAGGGCUUCACGGACGAGGGAGCAAGCUACUUCAUCAAUCACAACGUGAGGUGUACGUCAUUCCGACACCCUGUUACCGGGCAAAUUUCACCAGAAAACACAGAAUACACGCUGGAGGACAAUAGGAUCGAGUCCUAUAUGUUCAAUCACAGACAUCCAGGUAUGGUCACCGAGUCCACCAAGGCUGUGACUACAGGAGCAAUGGAGGCCACCUCAGGGUCAAAGGGAUCCAGAGGUUCAAGCAAAUGUCACAGUUUUGGCAAGAGGGAUCAAGCUAUUAAACGAAACCUCAACAUCCCCGUGGUAGUGAGAGGCUGGCUGUAUAAACAGGACAGCUCUGGAAUGCGACUGUGGAAACGAAAGUGGUUUGUGUUGUCCGACUUCUGCUUGUUUUACUACAAAGAUAGCCGCGAGGAGACGGUCCUUGGUAGCAUUCCUCUGCCCAGUUACCUCAUCUCACAAGUUGCACCAGAAGACCACAUAAACCGCAAAUAUGCUUUCAAGGCGAGCCACACAGGAAUGCGCUCCUACAUUUACAAUAAGAACUCUGUAAUUGGCUCGCAGGCAGAACACAGCGGCAUGCGGACGUAUUUCUUCAGCGCGGACACACAGGAGGACAUGAAUGGUUGGAUUCGGGCCAUGAACCAGGCGGCGCUGAUGCAGCAGACGCACACCGUUAAGAGAGAGAAGCAAAGGCCAGAUAAGAACCCUCAUCAGGCACCUCUUCAGACCAAUCAUGUCAACCAUAGCAUAUCUCAGACAGAAGCUUUUCUCAGGACGGACUGCGAACACUCACGUGAUGAUGGUAUCCGACUGGCUCCUGCAGACGAGGGGAGGUAUGUGCUGGAGGUCCAAGGAAGGCGCAGGCUUUCAGAUCCCAGAGAGAGACUGUCUCCAAACUUGGUGGACGCUGCAGCUCAAAGGAACAGCCAUCAAAGUGCACAGCCUUCAGAACAGAAUGGAAACCUGAUGUACCAGAGGGGGUGUGACACAGAAAAACAUGCACAGAGGAAGAAUACGUUGGCCCAGGUGGAGCACUGGGUCAAAGUUCAGAAAGGUGACCCGACAAAAAGUGCUCCCUCUGCAGAGUUCAACCUACCACGGCAAACUCCUCCCUUAAAAGUAAAAGUGAGCACAGCAGACACCUCCUGCCAGUCAUUACCAAAGUCUCCCCGCCUUCCGUCUGGCAGCAACUCUCCCUCAGCGACCUUUAACCUGCCCAGCGACUACAAAUACGCCCACGACCGACUGAGCCAUUUCCGCAUGUCCACAGACGAGCGCAUGGCCACCAAGGAGGGAAUGGUGUGGCAGCUGUAUGAGUGGCAGCAGAGGCAGCAGUUCCGACACGGCAGCCCCACAGCGUCCGUAUACACAGGGCCCAACUUUACAGACUCAUCGUCCUUCACCGUCACCGUGGAGAUGCCUCGCUCUAUCUCUGUGCCGCCUUCUCCCUGUGAGGUCCCCUCAUCAGUUUCCCCCUCCUUUAAGCCACUGUCCCCUCGCAGACCACACACCCCAUCUGGUAGACGGACUGUCAUGCCUCUGGAUGAUUUGUCAAGCGUGGACACCACAGGAGCGUCCUCCCCUGGACGCAUCUGUACUCGUCUUUCACAGAUGGAGAGAAGGUCCAUGCCAUCCAUGGGAUACAUCACACACACUGUCAGUGCACCCAGCCUGCACGGCAAAACGCCAGAGGAGUUGACCCUGCUUCUCAUCCAGCUUCGGAGGCACCAGGCCAAGAUGGCUGGUGUGCAAAGCCCCAGUGAUGUGUUCGCUCAUCUGCAGCAUCAGCAGCACAACGGCCUUCUAGACCCCAGCAUGCAGGCUGAUGAUACUUGCAUGCAACUGAAGAAGGACCUGGAGUACCUAGAUCUGAAGAUCCAAAGUAAUGAGCCGCUGAUUGUUUCAGUUCACAGUGGGUUUGGAAACUCUCCUUCAAGUUUUGGAUUCUGUUGCAAUGUUACUGGACGCGAAAGCCUCAGGAAAGAAGCACAAAGGCCUGUGAAAAUAGCUGAAAGUGAUGCUGAUGUGAAAUUAAGCCGACUGUGUGAACAAGACAAGAUUCUUCAGGAGCUAGAAGCCAGGAUACGCACGUUGAAGGAGGACAAGGACAAGCUGGAGUCUGUGUUGGAUGUGUCCCACCGACAGAUGGAGCAGUACAUAGCUCAGCCAGCACACGUGGAGAAAAUCGCCUACCAGCAAAAACUACUACAAGAAGAUGUGGUGCACAUCAGAGCGGAAAUAUCCGAAGUGUCCACGGAGAUGGAGAAUGCUUGGAAUGAGUACAUGAGGCUGGAGAGAGAUGUGGAUUGGCACAAAACAGCCCUGCAAGGACAGAUGACCCGCAGUGACCUUUGUCAGCAAGAGAGAGUCCAAAUGAGAAAAGAGCUUUGGAGGAUCGAGGAUGUGAUCGCAGGCCUUAGCAGCAGUAAAGCCAACUACAAAGUCACUAUCUCCUCUGUGACCAACCCAGAGAGGAAAUUUGUGCCUUCGGUGUCAGCGUCAUCAGUGCCUUCAGUGGCUGGAAGCCCGUCUGCUAUGGAGAUGCAAUCGUCGCAGCAGUACAGCCCCCACCUCAGUCCCAGUAGUCACAAUGCGACAACCCCUAUGCUACCCUCCAGUCAUCAGCCCUCACACCACAACACAACUAGCACUACUACACUUAAAUGGGCUGAGGAAGACGUGCCUCCCAGACCACCUCUACCUCAAGUGUACAGUCCUGAUGAGCAUCCCCCAGCAGUGCCCCCGCUGCCUAGGGAGACCACAGUCAUCAGACACACCUCAGUCCGCGGCCUGAAGCGACAGUCUGACGAACGGAAGCGGGACAGAGAGAUAGGCCAGUACACCAAUGGAGACGUUAAGGUGGAACUCAGGCCUUUCCUGAGUGAUCCUGAGCUAGUGGGUGUGGGAGACGGCUCCAGCAGUGUGGCAGCUUUAGGACACGAAGGAGGUUAUCAGACGUUACCGAGCAGAGGAGUAACUGGCUCCACCCUCAGACUGAAUCAGUCCUCCAGCAUUUCGUCUUAUGUGACCCUACGGAGAGCAACUUCAGCUCCUGGUGUGAAGGAGAGACCAAAAAGUGCCCUGGAGCGUCUCUACUCUACAGAGGCGGCGCCUCAGCGUGGGAGGAUGAGCGCUGACGAGCAGCUGGAGAGGAUGAAGAGGCACCAAAAGGCUCUACUGCGACAACGCAAGCGCACCUUGAGCCAUGGAGACCGCCACGCCUCCCCGUCGUCACGCUCCUCCUCGUCGGCAUCGACGCGCCCUCUUUCAGCGGACUUUGGUUCUUGGAGGAGAGAACAGGAGUUCGACCUGCAGCUGUUGGAGAGGGCCGUGCAGGGGGAGGAGGCUCAGGGAGUGAGGAGCGUCCAGGGGGAGGAGAGGCCGCCUGAGCACAAAGAGAAACCGCGAUCGCACUCUGACGAAUGGCUGACUUUCCACUCGAUGACCAUGAACACCCCAACGACCAACGAUGCUGAACCGGAAAUAUUAGACUAUGACAAGGACUUGCUCAAAGAGCUGUCUAUGCCUCAGAAAGUCGUGAUUCCAGAGCGGUAUAUGGACUUAGAGCAAGAGGAGCCCCUCAGUCCUCAGGAGAUGGAGGACCGUCAUCGGAAGGUGGAGCGGAUCAAGAACAUUUUGGCAAAGUCCAGUAUUCAAAACUUGGCACCACAGUCACUCCCUGCAGACAAGUCCGAGGUGAGCCUGCUGGCGCUUGACUCUGUUCUGCAGGAGCAGGAGAGGAUCAUCACCAUGUCUUACAUGCUGGCCUCUGAGGCCUCCCUUAAAAGCAAGCGCGUCGCAGUUCCAUCAGAGGCUAACAGCCCUGUCCUAUCUCCUCCUGCUCCUCUUCCUCUUCCACCACCUCCUCCUCCUCUUCCUCCCGUAUCUCUGGCACCUUCUUCUUCUUCUUCCCCAAUAAGCAAUGGGAUUCACUACACAUUUGUCUAAAAACUCAAGCAAUUUCUGGACAUUGAGGUGCUUGACGACAAUGCACAGAAAGAAUGGUCUAGUGCAAGAAAAGAAGACUUUAUUUUAUCAUGGAUCCAUUUCUGUACAGCAGUAGAAGAACGUAGUAAAUAUUUAACCUGCUCGUGCAGCAACAACAACUUCUGAAGGGAUUUGUUGUUUCUGAAAGACUGCAGCACUAAACUAUUGAAGUAAUCAGAAACAUAUUUUCUAUUCUACGAUGUUGCACUUGUACACUGUAAAAAUGGCAAAGAAUUGAAAUAUUUUUAUGGUGUGAUUGAACUGUUCUGUGACUUUAAUGGAGAACAUGUUAACAGAAGAGAUAGUGAUUAUAUCAUGAUGCUAGAUUUUCAUAUAUCAUUUGUUUUUACACUAAACCACUUGAAAUAUCAUAUCUACUUUAGCACUGCCAGUCUUCUGUUAGCUUGCCAAGAUGACUUUUAUUUUUGCUUACAUCAAGACUGAACAACACUGAACAUGUUUUAUGCACA